AUGAGGAUUUUCUUUCUUUUACUAGGAAAGGUGAUGUCGGAUGCAUUUUCACUAUUGCCUGUGUUCACCAAGGAAGAUGUACCUCUGGAUAGCACUUUUCUUGUGUAUAUCUACUAUUCAAGGCCUAAUGUUCACUGCCCCGCCUGUGAAUCAUUUAAUCGAAAUAUUUCCAAGCUCCAGAAGUAUAUUCCUGUGAAGAAAAUAAAUUUCUUUGAGGACCCAAAAGUAGCAUCGUGCUUCUAUUCAUUUAUAUUUCCAUCUUUUGUAAUCAGAGACAAGGGCCGUAGCUACCAUCUAGAUGUGGAUGACUUUGAAGAGCUGGAAGAGAUAGUAAGAAACAAAAGAUGGACUCAAUUUAAGCCUGUAAGGCGGUGGAUGGACUUAGAUUCGUAUUUCAUUAAUCUAUACUCUACUGCAAAUUGUGCUUUCUUCAAGGUUAUGCAGAAGUCAUAUGUGGUCUUGGAUGUAAUUCCUGGGUGGAUUAUAAACCUUGGGUUCAGUGCCAUCAUUGCAUACAUGGUUUACUCCAUAUGCACUAUUUUCAUGACACCUGUAGAGAAGAAAAAGAAGGAAUAA